CAGACCCUUCUCCCAGUGACUUGUCUUUGUGGAAUCGAGAAGGGCAUGGAUGCAUACAGCAGACGCAAUGGCAUGUAUGUAUACGACGGACUCGAUUGCCGGCCGAUAUCCUAUAGCGAGCUUUGCGACGACCAGGCUUUCGAUCCAUCCAACAUCGGAGACGAUCCCAAAUUCUUGUCGUGGAUCCUGCCCGUCAGCAGUAGAGGAUCCCCCUUCAAGGGAAAGAGCUACGUGCUGGGCUUCGACUACGGCAGCAGGACUCUUUUCGUCCGCCAGUUUCACUGGAUCCCCGGCCGGAUCGAUGACAUCUGGUGCGUGUGGGACGAAGGCUUUACCGUGUACCGUCUCACCAUUCCCGACUUGAUCGAGGUUCUGGAUUCAGUACUCUCUGGCACGGCCGACGUGAGCCGAGGGAUCCUCAGCUACCACUCCCAUUGCAUGAUUCCCCGGAGCGGCGAUGACCCGGGCCUCGAGAUCGUCAUCACCAUUCUACUUUGUCAAUGGGUGGUCGACUUUGCGGCAGUGUUCUCCGGGAUGGACACGGCGGCAUGCGACCAAUUCACCAAGACUCUUACCACCUACAUGGAAGAUUGCCGGCUGAUUCUGCAGCGUGCCUCGUACCGGGCGUGGUUCGCCUCCCGCGAUGGCCAUACAAUGAGGGAUUACUCCCGCAAAGCGGCCAUCGAUAAAUACACCAAUGAUCUUUACACCUUCAGCCAGUCGGCUGAGAGCGGAAGUUUGAACGGCAAGUCAUGGCACGCACCCGGCCUUAACACAUGCAGUAUGCUCCGUCGCAGAGACCGGUAUGUGAGACGAGAGCGGGCAGAAUGGAAGCUGGAGGGCCUGUUCGCGCGUCGUGCAGCUGCUCUCCCUGCCGAGUCCUCGGAACAGGUCUUUGAGAAGAUGCUGGCACGAUUUGAAGAGGAUGCGCAACCUGCGUUUAAGUUGGAGCCUCCCCGGACACCUCCGCCACGUCCCUUGCAUGAUGCACAAGUCCCUCGUGAUUCGUCGGGCACGCAAUCCCCCGAAAUUGUCAGCGCGGCAGCCGAGCCUUUGUUCAUCGAAACCACGGACUUUCAGAAGAUCCCUCUCACUCUUCUUUUGGAACGCUUUCUUGAGCUGGUUGAGACUUACCCGGGAUUGGACACACCGGGCCACCGUCGCCGAUUUGGGGGCUUGCUGGCCGAAAUGGGGAUCGACAUUGAGCAGGCGAGUAUGGAGGACAACUCGACAGGCCUUUCAUUGGAGAAUCAGGCUGGCCGUUGGACCUACUCCGAAGCAGGCUCUUUUGGAGGCUCUCCCCGGGCGUUUGCUGGUCCUGGUCUUCUGCCGAGCCCUCUUCUUGACUAGUCGUUAGUAGUACUGGAUGGAUUCAUUUGGUUUAAUAUGUUUCCCGUCGGGGAAUAUGUUGAAUAUCCUGUCUUUUUGUUGCGGGCUUGCAGUUUUGUAUGUAUGUGUAGACGGAUGAUUUGACGGAUGGAUGAAUUGAAAUUAAUCAAAUGGGCGGAUUCGUUAAACA